AUGAACAACCUCGAUAGUCUGAAUUCAAUCAGCUUGGUCACCCAGAUCCUCUGCUUUUCUAUUACUACACCUCUAAUUGCACUGAGGCUAUUUGCUCGUCUCAAACUUCAUCAUUCAUUUGGUGUUGAAGAUGGUAAAAUAGAACAAAUCCAUUCAUGUGUCUUCGCGCUUCCAGUUGCUGAUCAAUAUUUAGCAUCAUGCUACAUUGCAUGGAUAUUUUAUAUCGCAACGAUGAUCUACGUUCCGAUGGUUCUCUUCGUGAAAACCUCUCUCAUUUAUACAUUGAUUCGACUUUGGAGCCCAUACCGAGCGAAGGUCGUAGCUCUCUAUACUUUUCUGACGAUAAUAAUUGCCUAUUACAUUGUUAUUCUUUUCGUGAAAGUGUUUUCCUGCACCCCAAUUCAUCUAUUGUGGGAGGUCAACUACUUAGCUGGAUCAUGUCUCAAUCGCUCUGCUAUCAUCAUUGCCGACUCUGUGAUUAGUGUCACCACUGAUCUGGCUAUUUUAACAUUUCCGAUAGCUCUCACCUGGGGAUUACAAAUGGCUGUUUCCAAGAAACUUCAUAUUAUCGUCAUUUUGGGUGCGGGGGGCACUGCCAUUGCAUUCAGUAUCUAUCGGCUGGCCCUCGUCAUUCGUUCCAGGGAUGCUCCCUUUCAGCGAGAUCUCUACUUAAAAAUUCUACUUUCCGAUAACGCCGAGGGUGGCCUAGGUCUCAUAUGCACUUGCAUUCCGGCUAUAAAUAAACUGAUUAGUCAUUUGAAGCAGGUAUAUAAUCAGAAAAGAAACAAGAGACAAUUUCAAGUUGUUUAA